UGUGUGUGUUUGUGUGUUUGAAGAACCAGAAGAGAUGGGAGUAAAGUGGGCGGGGUUGUGGGCGGAGUUGUGGGCGUGGUCUGUAUCUGACGAAUCAUUUGAACACUGGACCCAGAGUUUUUCUCUCAGUCAUUCACACAGACACACACACACACACACAGUUGGAGAGUCAGAGACACAGUGUGGAGUAUCAGCGCUCGCAGCAGGACGGACACAGCGGGAGAACUGCACCUGUCCCACACACACAUUCUCACACACACACACAUAGGAUCUGACCGGUCGUCCUUAUGUGUGGAUGGGAGCAAAGUUACACGGCGACCUCUCAUAGCUCGGCCAUGUUGACCAGUGAGGGGGCGCACACCAUGGAGCAGGACGACUCACUCCGUGGACCCAAGAUGGCGUCCACUGCCACAUCCGGUUCAGAUGAAGCUGAGAUGACAGACACAGAUGUGGACAUGGAGAUGGACGUAGAGGAGGCAGACAUGACACGGUGGACAGAAGCAGAGUUUGAGGAGAAGUGCACAUAUAUAGUCAAAGACACAGCGUGGGAGGCGGGGCCAGACAGUGACUCCGUGAUCGCAACGACGACUACCAGAGCGGAGGCCUCGCUGCCCCGGAACCUGAUCUUUAAACAUCCGGCUGACAGCAAAGAGGUGGUCGGCGUGUGCAGCAGGGAGUACAUCCCCAAAGGAACUCGCUUCGGUCCCCUGGUGGGCGAAAUCUACACAGCUGACAGCAUUCCCCGAGACGCCAACAGGAAGUACUUUUGGCGGAUACACGCGGAUGGAGAGUUCCACCACAUUGUUGACGGCCUGGACGAGACGCGCUCUAAUUGGAUGCGUUACGUCAACCCAGCCCACUCAGCGACCGAGCAGAACCUGGCCGCUUGUCAGAAUGGCAUGGAGAUUUACUUCUACACAGUCAAGCCCGUUCCUGCGGGCGCAGAGCUACUGGUCUGGUACUGCCACGAUUUUGCCCGACGCCUCCACUACCCGCCCUCAGGGGAACAGAUGAUGCAGAAACUCAAGCAGUCACUCUUGGAGGUCAAGCAGCAGCAGGUGAGCAGUGAGGAGCCCUCGGUCGAAGUCUCCAGCCCAUCAGCAGUUGUGGCCAUGCCCACUCCACCCAAAAGGGAGCACAGUGUCCUUUCCAUUCUGCGUGGUACCAACAGCACGUCCUCACCAAGCAAACGGGAGCCCAGUAGACCUCUGCCCACCCGCCCAAACUACACAGACAGCCCAGAGCGUCCACUCUAUCCCCGUGCCCUCUACCCAGCUCCCAGCUUCAGGCCUCACAUGUCCGAAGAAUUCCUCAGUCAUAAGCCCGGUCAGCUCUGUUACCCUGCAACCCGUUCCCCUGGAAAUCAGUCUUCUGCUACACCCAGCCCGUCAGCCAGGAGCAGCCCAGAAAGCAGCCCUCAGGGAAGUCCCUCAGGUGCGGUGGCAUCUCAGGCAUCUUUCUACCCCACUGGACUGGGCUCCUACACCAGCUAUUCCUCACACUCGGCCCCACCUUCAUCUUCCUUUUACCCUCCAGGUGCACCCUACUCACGUUACCUCCUGCCCCAUCCCUACCCUCUGCCAGGUGGUGGUGUUCCCACAUUGGGAGGUAUCUUUCCCAGGAUGUACCCACUGUACAGCGGCCUCCUGCCCACACACGUGCCCCUCCUGCCCUCUGACCCAGCAACAAGACGCUUCCUGAUGCCUGAACCCGUCCACCCGUCGUCCAUUUCUGCCCAUAGAGACUUCCUCCUCCCAGGGCCCACCAGUGCCUUCACAGCCGCAACAUCAUUGAAGGACAAAGUAGGGCCUCACCACCCUUACCCAGGACACCAUCACCUACAUGAGCCAGCCCACGCCCCUUCCAGCGGCUCCCCAACAGCAGGCACAGCUCCACCCAGUGAGAGGAUGCCAACCAAGCCUACCUCUGCUCUGCUGGGCAACACCAAUGAGCACUGUGCAGAUGAGGAGGCCAUCAACUUAAGCAAAGUCAAGCGAGGAAUAGGCUCGGCCGGGUACAAAGCACUGCCGUAUCCACUGAAGAAGCAGAACGGCAAAAUCAAGUACGAGUGCAACGUCUGCAACAAGACAUUUGGGCAGCUGUCAAACCUAAAGGUUCAUCUCCGUGUCCACAGUGGGGAGAGACCUUUCAAAUGUCAGACCUGUAACAAAGGCUUCACUCAGCUUGCUCACCUGCAGAAACACUACUUGGUUCACACCGGGGAGAAACCACAUGAGUGUCAGGUUUGUCACAAGCGCUUUAGCAGCACCAGCAACCUGAAAACUCACCUUCGCCUCCACUCAGGGGAGAAGCCCUACCACUGCAAACUCUGCCCCGCCAAGUUCACGCAGUUCGUCCAUCUUAAGCUGCACAAGCGCCUGCACUCCAGGGACCGUCCCCACAAAUGUCCUCACUGCCACCGCCACUACAUCCACCUGUGCAGCCUGCGACUCCACCUGAAGGGAUACUGUCUAGCCGCCGGUACCAGCACCGGCAGUCCCACCAUCUCCACUCAGGCAGCUUUGGAGGAGGUGCACCGCGCCAAUGAGGAGAUCGAGCGAUUUGACGUCAGCGAGCACGCCGAGCGUCUGGAGCAGCUGCAGGGAGGUGUAGAGAUGGAGGCCAUCUUAGAGAAGCAGGUCCUUGGGCUGCUCUGGAGCGAGGCCGACAUCAAGUCACCCCACUUUCACCCACGCCGCAAAGGCGAUGAACUUCUGUCGCCAGGUUAUGGCACAUACGAGUCAUCCAACGAGACGUCGGUCAUCAAGAUGCGGCACAGCAGCCCCAUCCUGCCCAUGAAUGUCACAGUCAAACAGGAGUCGGAAGAUCACGCUUAACAGUCUUUGUUGUCAAAGAUGGGCGGAGUCAAGACUGCAUGGCUGUUAGUGGACUGAGUUGCCUGGUGCAACAGCUGUAAAUAGAUAAUUUUCCACCUGGUGGUCAUCAGGAGUGACAUCAUGACCACACCGGGUUCUCAACCUAUCAGGGACUCACGUACUCAGGGCUACGACAGACACUGUCCCAUGACUACUUAACAGUUUUGUUAUAUUUAGAGACAAUCAUCUACCCAGGACUUUAUUGUAGUUAAUAUAAUGCUAUUAUUAUUAUUAUUGUUGUUGUUGUUGUUGUUGUUGUUGUCCUUGUAUUUUAUUUGGUCUUUAUUUUCAAGUGUCUUGUUUUUUUUGUGAUUAAUUAGUUGUUAUAUAUCUUUCUUAAUUUAUUCGAGUUACUUUUGUUGUCUUUAAAAAGCAAUAAGUGGACUUCGUGGUUACACUGACAGGGUGAUGUGUAAAGAAAGGAAAAACUUUGUGUUGGUGUUGAUGUUUUAGUUUCACUCUGUGGCCAUUUCUCUGUAGAUACUCAGUGUCUUUAUCACCUUUAUCUGUCCUGGGUCCUCUGACCUGUACCACCAGAGGAGUCCACUCUUCAGGGUUCUAAUCUAUUUAAUUUUUUUAUAAAACCAAUGUAUCAGGUUGAAAAGAGUUAAAAGGACUUGCCAAAGCAUGGCACAUGAACUUUGUAAUUUACAAAGGAGAGCUUUAUUUCGGCCCCGCCGGAGAACGUCCUGUGUAGUGUGACUGUGUCAUUUCUGAUGCCUACUUAAUUAUAUAGAAAUAUAAAAAAAGGGCAUUUUCUUUGUAUAUUUUUCACAAUGGUUACCUCAGGGUGUGUGUGAGACGUAGUGAAUGUGUUUGUUUGAGGUGAGGGACGUUUGAAGGUGGGAGCUUUCUAUUUAUUUUAGUUUUUCUUUGCUACUUGAAGAAGGAAAAAAAAAGAAGAAACCAAACUGAAGUGGAGUGCAGCUCUUCCUACGGUCCAAAGAAGCCGCGCCGCCAGCUCAACAUGUAGCACAUAACGGACAAAGGAGGCUCCGCCCCCUCCUCGUCUUUGUCCCUACAACACUGUCGACACCCAACAGGGGGAGUGACCGCUCACAGAUCGUGGAGGGGGGGAUUCACUCCAGACGCUAGAAACCAAAGUUGGUGUGGCUUUAAAAGGAAAAUGAAAAGAAGGGAAGGAAGGACUUGAGGAAUCAUUAAUGCUGAAGAAGGGAAGAUGAACUGUGUAUGUAAAUGAUGAAGUCUUCGCUCUUUAACUGCGGUCACUUGUUUUGUUCUUUUAGACGUUCUUGUUCUUUAUUUGUUAAUAUUUCAGCUGUGGCCCCUCCUACCUGUCCGUUUAAUGAACUGGUAAAAACACCAAAGCACCUCGGCCCUCUUUGAUGCACUGGCCCCUCGUCCUCCUCUCUCUCCUCCUCCUCCUCUUCCUCCUCUUACUUUAUAACCUCAGUGCAGAUGUUUGCAGCGUUCGCACUGAGGACGGUAUCACUGAAACCCACGGCAUUAAGACUCACCUUAAUGUUACUACAGCAGCUGCUGCACUUGUUCCUUCACCUGGACUCUGCAGCCCUCUCUGUCUUCCUCUCUGUCUUCCUCUCUGUCUUUCUUUCUUUUUAAUUGUCCAAUGUUUGACCAAAGCAUCUUUACGUCUCUCUCUUACUGACCAGAGCUUUAACUCCCUUAAAGAACUGUCUCUGUUUACAUUCUGGUUUACAUUGUUAUUUAUGUGCAAAAAUGUCAAAGUGUAAAUUAUGAUAUAAAUGUUCACUGCUCUAAUCUGAAACCCUGACUCUGUGUU